CAUAAGUGUUACGGGAUGUUGGAUGAUCAUGAAGUCAAUUCUCGUAUUUAAACCUCAAAAGCUCUCUCCAUUGCAACUAUUCUCUUUUCACACCAUCUUCAAUUUAAUCAACAGAUGCUAACUAAGGAUCGCGUGGCCCAUUGCGAUCAAAACUACCAUACAUACCUAGUAACGAAAACAUAUCAACGGCAGAGAUAGUCACUAUCGGAGCGACAGACAUAGUUUAAAACGAUGCAACCUUCCGAAGACGAGAUUCUCGCAGCUCUAGCGCAUUAUCGCGCCAGCGUGUUGCACCAUAAUCAUACCGCCUUCCAGCUCUUCGUACAGCAUGUUGAGGCAGCGGCUCUCGCAGCAGAAAACGCGUCGAUAAGCCCCAACCUCAUCUCCGAAGUGUGUCAACAGCUCUUCUAUGAUAUGCUGUACAUUUCGCGACCAGAGAACCUAGACCCGUCGCUCCAGAUCAACGUGCCCGCCGACGUGAUAACCAAGUGGGAUGCUAUGGCGCGAGCUUUCGCCCUAGACGGCGUGUACAUCGGAUCCGAUGCUAACCGCCGAGAGAUGCUCCGGCAGAAUUAUAAGAAUGGAAUAGAAGCGGAACUAUGCAGGAUAGAUCCCGAGCUCAAGUUUCCCGUUGACUUUGAAGUACUCAUGGGCCAGGUCGAUAGUCUCGAUGGUCAUGGAUGGCCGCAGUAUCGAGAGGAGGGUCAGCAGGUGCGUUUCUGGGACGGGCUGGGCGAGAGCGAGGAAGAGGCUGCUUGUCGCGUGUUUGGUCCUGAUGGUAAAUUGGCUGAACAGUUUCGUUUUGAGGAUUGGGAGACCAAGGCCGGGUGGGAGUGCGGUAGGGGCCCCGAGACAACAUGCUUUGUUGCCUACUGCCGGCAGGAUGAAACUGGCAAGGAGUGGGCAUGGAGGUACGUGGCUGAUCAAGGCCAGUACGGGACAGAAGUAUUUGACAACGUGGUAGAGUUGCUACAGUGGUACGAAACGCUGUAUGUGCCGCCCCUAGACUUUUACGUCGACGACGUCAAUAUUCACAUGGGAAACAUCUUUAAGCAGUAGAUAAUCGAUCGUAAUAGUGGCGAGCGCUUGUUACAUAUCAUGUUUGUUUACUCGCAUCUCAGAUGGCCUCGAAAUCUAGACAACCGUAGCUUAUUUUAUGAUUAGAG